CAGUCUGAGGGCUGACGCCGAGCGGAAGGUAAACAGUGAAAUCCAUCAGCAUUUAAUUAAUCGUGUGAUCCUCCUCAUUUCUCUCAGAUGACCGUUCAUAACUUCUACAUAUUUGACCGCAAUGGCAGCUGUCUUCAUUACAGCGAGUGGAACCGCAAGAAACAGGCGGGAAUCUCCAAAGACGAGGAGUUCAAGCUGAUGUACGGGAUGCUGUUCUCCAUCAGGUCCUUCAUCAGCAAGAUGAGUCCGCUGGACAUGUAUCCUGUGUGUGUGUGUGUGGGAGAGAGAGAGAGAGAGUGUGUGUGUGUUUUUUCCUUAACCAAACUCUUCAGGAAAGAUGGGUUUCUGGCAUUCCAGACCAGCCGGUAUAAGCUGCAUUAUUAUGAAACUCCAACGGGCAUCAAACUGGUGAUGAACACAGACCUGGGCGUGCCGAACUGCAGAGACACACUGCAGCAGAUCUACAGCACGCUGUACGUGGAGUACAUUGUGAAGAACCCGCUGUGUGUGCUGGGCGAGUCUCUUCAGAGCGACCUGUUCAACACCAAACUGGACUCUUUCAUCCGAGCGCUACCGUUCUUCAGCGUCCGCGCGGCCUGAGCAGGAAAACAAGACCACACCAUCAUCUUCUGUUUAUGUUUAACGUCUGCUUCCUCAACCAGAGCUCUGAGUGCAGUUCCUUUUGUUGAAUAUCAAUGUGAAACGAUUCUUUCUCACAAAACUGACCAAAAUAAAGGGUUAAUUUUUUUCCACAUUUC